AUGGAUAGUCUGAAGGCCAAUCCGAGUCUAAACUCUCCCCCUCCUGGCUAUACAGAGAGCCUGGAUGGUUCCAGCAUUGACAGUAAACCGACACCAACUAGCCCUCCCCCUCUCCUGCCUUCCAGGCCCCCAUCAAAGUCGAGAUAUGGCUCUGUUGAGCCUAGGUAUGGCUCAGUGGAGCCUAAGAAUGGCUCAGUGGAGCCUAUGGAGCCACACAGAGUAAACUCAGUCCAAGGUGUUGAUUCCGUGCCUGUUGCUAGUCAUCAGCACUUAUCUAUUGUUCGCAAAGGUGCUUAUGGAUUUGGCCAUGUGUUUAACGAUCUAUGUGCCAGCAUGUGGUUCACUUACCUCCUGUUGUUCUUCCAUGCUGUACUCCAAAUAGACAACACAUAUGCUGGUAUAAUACUGCUCAUUGGACAAGUAGCUGAUGCCGCUGCUACCCCAGUCAUAGGAUUCCUCUGUGAUAAAACCCGAUCACGAUAUGGGCGCAGAAAAACCUGGCAUCUGGUUGGUACCAUAAUGGUUGCAAUCUCGUUUUUCUUCUUUUGGCACAAUUGUUUGUUUUGCACAAAUGGAGUGAGCAAUCCAAAUGGCACAAAUUUGUCAUCCAAUUGUAAUGAUAAUACCUACUCUGACAAUGCUGGUAACACUGAAGGGACUCCAAUACACAUUAAAGUCAUCUACUUUUCCAUUCCGAUCAUCAUUUUUCAAUUUGGAUGGGCAUCAGUUCAAAUUAGUCACCUUUCUCUCAUUCCAGAGUUGACAGAGAAUGAAAACGAGCGAGUGGGGCUCAACGCCAUCAGGUACUCGGCCACAAUUGUGUCCAACUUGAGUGUGUUUGUGGUGAUGUUUGUGCUCCUGGAGACACUGGGGCACAGCACUGGAGAUGAUGUAGUACCCGGGGAUGUGUGGAUUUUCUCUGGUACUGCACUUGGGGUGAUAGCUGCGGGGUGUUUCUGCUCCCUGCUCUUCCAUGCUGGAACUAGAGAGCCAAGCACAUCUGCAGAGCAGAACGAUGAGAAGAGUAAUGGCAAGAAGCUUGCGUUUUAUAAAUGGUUCCUCAACCCUCAGUUUUACGCUGUUGCUGUGAUCUACAUGUGCACGAGACUGAUGGUGAACCUGACUCAAGUGUACAUUCCCCUGUAUCUAGUGGAUUCACUUAAAUUGAAUAAGAAUAGUGUGGCUAUUGGUCCCCUGGUGAUUUAUGUAUCAGGAUUCCUUAUGACUCUCCUUCUCAAGUUCUUCAACAAGAUUAUUGGCAGAUAUAUGGUGUAUUUUAUCGGCCUGGCUCUCAUCUGGGGAGGACUUGUGUGGUUCUGGGUCCAGAGUGUUCCUCAGAAUAUAGUGGAGGAGGUGUUCCUGUACGGGUCGACAGUACUGAUAGGAGGGGGUGGGGCCACCAUUUUAGUCACCUCCUUGUCUAUGGUGGCUGACCUCAUUGGACCCGCUGUGGGUAGUGGUGCUUUUGUCUAUGGACUAAUGAGCUUCACUGAUAAGAUAUCCAAUGGCAUCGCUGUGGCAGUCAUUCAAGCCCUUCACCCUUGUAAUCACACAGAACAUGUGUGCUGCCCAAAAUGCCAGUCGUUCUAUCGCCACGUACUGGUAUUCGUACCUGGAGGAGCGUCACUGCUCGCCUGUGUUGCUCUUGCCGUGUUGUCACUCAUUAUGUUCUUGAGAGUGAGCAACAAGUCUAAAGCAAUGUGCACACGUAGAACCUCCCUGGUUGUAACUGCCAAAGACGAAUUGGACCACUCUAUUUCCUCUGAUAGAAAUGAGACUGAGCAAUUAAUAGGCAAAAACAAUAUUGUGUCUUGAUCAUACUUAUUUGUGGUUGUGUUUGGGUGCAUACAGUAAUCACAGCGUUUGUCAGUCUUAUAAUUUGUUAUACGUAUACUUUACCCUGCAUGCUUUUGUAAUUAAAAAAUUAUUCACCCCUUUCUUAUAGUCUUCAUGUAAACAAUAUUAAUGAAAUCAG